AUGGAAUCAGGAGUUGAUGGAGAGGACUGUGGAAAACUAGAACCAGAUAGGAACUCAGAUCCAGAGACACCUUCAUAUACUGAGAUUGAGGUCCAGAUUGGAGACUCUUCUGAACCCGAUACUGAUGACAGUGACGACUGGAAGAUGAUGACCGAACCUCUGUCCAGUUUGAAAGAGACAAAGAAGAAGCCACACCGCUGCUCUCAGUGUGACAAAACAUUCAAAAGUAACUGGAUUCUGAGCAGACACAUGUCAGUUCACACAGGAGAGAAACCCUUCAGCUGCGCUAAAUGUGGGAAAAGAUUCACCCAAAAAGGUUCUCUGAGCACACACAUGAAAACACACACAGGAGAGAAACCCUUCAGCUGCUCAGAGUGUGGGAAAAGGUUCAAUUGUAAAGGUGAUCUAACUAAACACACCACGGUUCACUUCAGAGAGAAACCCUUCAGCUGCUCUGAGUGUGGGAAAAGAUUUACCUUAAAAUGUACACUGACCACACACAUGAGAAUCCACUCCGGAGCGAAACCCUUCAGCUGCCUCAGGUGUUAUAAAAGAUUCAUUCGUCGAGAUGAUCUCACCAAACACAUCAUUAUUCACACGGGAGAGAAACCCUUCAGCUGCUCUGAGUGUGGGAAAAGGUUUGGUCGGAAGAGUAGUCUGACGACACACAUAAGAGUGCACACAGGAGAGAAACCCUUCAGCUGCUUUGAGUGUGGGAAAAGAUUCAGUCAGAAGAGUGCUCUGACCACACACAGGAGACGGCAUAUAGGAGAGAAACUACACCGCUGCUCUCUGUGUGGUGAGAGCUUCUUUGUUAAAGAUGAUCUCUUUAAUCAUGUGAGAAUUCAAACAGAAGAGAAACCCUUUGGCUGCUCACAGUGUGGGAAAACAUUCAGUCAGAAAGGUAAACUGACUUCACACAUUACAGUUCACACAGGAGAGAAACCCUUCAGCUGCUCACAGUCUAAUAAAAGACUUCAUUGUAAGAAAAAACUGAGGAAGCUCAUUCAGACUCACGUGAAAAGGCCUCGCUGA